GCUGGGAAAACUGGGGUUGGUCAGCCUAGAGAAGAGAAGCUUUGGGGUGACACAAUUGUCCCUAAAUCCCACACCAGGCUCUGGUUCUUUCCCCCUGGAUCCUGGGGGAUCUCAGGUGGGGAUGUGCUGUUUUUGCAGGGCCCUCCCAAAACACAGAAUUCAGUCUGGGUUGUUCUUCCCCUUGGCUGGAGGCAGAGCUUUGUAAACACUGCUGGAGACAGGAAUUUAUUAAGGAUUUAGACUCCUUUUCUUAAUAAAAGAACACCUUGGGAGGAUGAAUUAUGUAUUGUAGACAUUCUCAGUGUUUUCCUUUAUGACUAAAGUGAAACAGGCUGGAAUACAAACUUUGUUGUGACUGAAAAGUGGCACUGGAAUAAAUUCAGUCCCUAAUUCCCGAGAUGAGAGAAACCUGUAAGACUGCAAAUGUCUGGCAGAAGAUAAGGAAAUGAAAACAAGGUAAUAAGCACUGAGGAACAGGCAUUUAAUCAGUUGGAAGCGUUUUGCAUGCGGGACAUACUCGCUGGGAACUAAUUUCAUGUACAAAGGGUGUCUGUGCUCCCCGGGCCGUCUGAGAUUCACUAUAAAAACCAGCUCCACUCAGCUCCUUCCUACCACUUCUCUCCCCUCUUUCCUCUCUUGUGAACAAGGUUAGUUCAAAUCUUCUUUGCUUUCUCUGUUUGCUGGGUUCUUGCCUGUUAACAGCCUUUUUUUCCCCACAGUUUUCUGCCUGUUGCUGAAUUUGCUGGGGGAGGAGUUUUUCUGUUUAACAAGCUGGGGUUUGCUGUUAGAAUUGCAGAAUUUCUGGAGUCCUGGCUUGGCCAUAGGGAUCCUCGAACUGGUGAUAUAAACUUAUUCAAACGUGGGAUUUCAGACAUGUUGAGUGACUUAGAAAAUACUACCAAUAAUAAAGGUUAACAAACUGAAUGGGGAGAAUAACUGUGCAAGGGGUUGGAACUGUUUGAUCUUUAAAAAUCCCUUUUAACUCCAACUGUUCUCUGGAAACAGAAGAUCCAGUUAUAUUUCCAGCAGAAUUUUAUAUCUUUAAGGUCAUUAUCCAUCCUCUGCAAUGUUUGAAAUGUCAGCUGGGUUGCCAAAUGUUGAAGUUAUGUUACAGAGUGCAGUGACACCUCCUGAAACGUAGAGAAAUGGGAUCAUAAGGUGAAGAUAAAGGGAAAGAAGAGCAAAAAUGAGGGAGACCAGACUGGGAUGGGUGUGGGAAUCAGUGGGCUUUGAUUUUUUUGGUGUGAUGGAACAGGGAGCAUCCAGGGAAUUCCUGGCUUUCUCUUGGGCAGAACAUCUGUGGAAAAGUGUCUGGGAAAGCUUUCAAAAGGCCUCCCCUUCACGGAUCCUUAAUUACAUUGGAAUUUGUACCUCUUGUGUAGGCAGAGUUGGAGCCUUGAGAAUAAUUCCUCAUUUCAUCUUCCAGCUGCCUAUGGAGCUGUGCCCACAGGUGCCUUUGUGGGCAGGGGUUCCUCCUCACUGUUGCUCCUGCCAUGCUCUGAGCUCAUGGGGCUGGGUCCUGGUGGUGUCUCUCCAAAGAGACAAAGCUGCUAAAACUGAAGUGACCACCCAGGCACCUUUGCUUCUGUCCCACUGCUGGUUCUGCCUCUGCACCCCCGAGAGCCGGGGGGGGGUUCAGCCUCUUCUUCCAGCACCUCGAAGGGUUUGGUUCCCUGCUCAGCUCCGUUCCUGGAGGGAUCCCGGGACAGCCCCUGUUCUGGUCACUGGUGUGAGCACAGUAACCCCCCUCUCUGCCCCUGUUUCAGGUCGUGCACCCCCAGGGAUGUCCUGCUCCGAGCGCUGUGCCCCCUGUGCCCCCACCCCGCUGGCCAACGGCUGCGCCGAGCCCUGCGUGCGGCAGUGCCAGGACUCCACCGUGCUCAUCCAGCCCUCGCCCGUGCUGGUGACGCUGCCCGGGCCCAUCCUGAGCUCCUUCCCCCAGAGCACCACCGUGGGCUCCUCGGCCUCGGCCGCCCUGGGCAGCGCCCUGAGCGCCGGGGGGGUUCCCAUCGGCUCCGGGGGCUCCCUGGGGCUGGGGGGCUUUGGCUGCCCCGGGCUGGGCGCGGGCUACAACCGGCCCUCCCGGCGCCCCAGCACCUUCCGAGGGGGCUUCUACGGGCCCUGUUAGUGCUCUGCAGGAGGGGAAAGGCGGGAAGGAGUCCCCAGGAAUUCCGAGUUAUGGCCCAAAAUGGGACUGGGCUCACGGCCACAGCUUUCACAAGCAGCCUCAGACCCCCCCAGCUCCACCCGAAGCAGAGCUGUGGGAAUCAGCCAUUCCCCACAAUGGGGCCGCUCCUCUCGUUUUGCUCUGUAUUUCCAGUCCAGUCUGUGGCUCUGCUGCUCCUCAGUGCAUCUGCUGCUACCUGGUGCAAAAGUUUAAUCUGGAGAGGAGGUGGGACUUGAUGCCCGAGGUGCAAUCCUGCACCGAAAGGAGAGCUCUGCCUGUGGGGUGCAGCCCACGAGCUGUGCCGUUCUUCCCACACUGAGCCCUGAUCCUCCCACACUGAGCCCUGAUCCUCCCACACUGAGCCCUGAUCCUCCCACACUGAGCCCUGAUCCUCCCACACUGAGCCCUGAUCCUCCCACACUGGGCCUGAUGCUUCGCAGGAUUUUAAUCCACUCCUUGGUCUCAAUAAAGUGUUGCUGUUGUGGCAUCUCCAGUCUUCUGGUGGUUUUUUUUCCUUCCCCUCUUAUUUUCUUCUGAAACUUUUCCUGGGUGAAAUUUCUCCCUGAGUGGCCCCUCACCGGGCUGGGAAAUUUGGGGCUGGAGAAGAGAAGGUGGUGAAGAGACCUCAGAGCCCCUCCCAGGGCCUGAAGGGGCUGCAGGGAAGCUGG